AUUGUGCUGAACUCGAUGCACAAGUAUCAGCCCCGGGUGCAUCUGGUGAUGAGACGUGACCCGCACACAGUCAACAAUCCGAUUGUGCUGAACUCGAUGCACAAGUAUCAGCCCCGGGUGCAUCUGGUCUACUCUGCACUGGGCGUGUGUCAGUUGUUAGGCCAUUGGCUGGAUCUAGUCCUUUACAUGGCGUGGAUACAGAAGGGCCUCAGCGCAUUCAUUAAUAACUCAAUUUCCAGCUACUGUUUCCAGUGUUUGGGUAUAACUAAACUAAAGAUAGACAGCAAUCCAUUCGCCAAAGGAUUCCGCGACUCCAGUCGUCUCACAGAUAUUGAACGGGAAUCGUUGAAAACACACGACUCGUCAGGGUAUAAGAGUCGCAGAGAGGGGGACAGGGAUGAGGACACAUAUACAGGAGAGAUACAGGACCUUACCCAUAAAUGCCUGUGCGGUAGUGAGACAAUGGAGAGCCUUAUGGGCGACAGCUAUGGCUACGCGCGGCCACCGAUGCCGCCGAUGCCCUACUUUUUCGGUCCGGGAGGGCCCGGGGGUGUCGACGAGCAGACGCAAGCCCUGCUCCGGGAGCGGGCGUAUCUCACGGGUCUGAUGGGCGCCGGCGGUAUGGCUGGCAUGCCUGGUGGCCCGGGCGGACCUCUACCACCAUCGAUGAUGAUGAGGCCCGGAGGAGGGGGUGGUGGCGGAGGGCCGCCCCCGUCGAUGAUGUGGCGCUCGCCGUCUGGUAUGCCUCCCGGAGCCCCCGGUGGUGGAGGGGGUGGCGGACCCGGUAUACCAGUGACCAGUGAUUUGUAUAGUUUGUUGGCGGCGUCCGCAGCCGCGGCCUACCCGGGCUGGUACAACCAGGCGAUGGCGGCGGCUGCAGCUGCCGGUGGUUUCAGGUCUCCCGGUGUGCCCCACCAAAUGCCCCCAACCUCUCUGGCCAUGAGCCUGGCCUCAGCCCCCCAUUUAUGGGGAGGUGCCGGUCAGCCCGGCUCUGGUGGCAGUCCUGGCGGCCAGGCAUCGGCUCAACUACCUCUCGGUCUGACCACUAAUCGUAAGCCGACGGACCAGUAA